AUGGCCCCCAAUACGAGAAAACGCUCUGUUGUCGACAGCAUCUCUGACGAUGCGCUCAUCCACCUGAAAUCCUACAAAUACUCGAGUGUCGACAAGUCGCCAUUGUCACACUACGUCCUGAAUCCUUAUUGGAAUGCCUCCGUCAAGUUCCUCCCUAUGUGGCUGGCCCCCAACAUGGUCACCUUGAUCGGCUUUCUUUUCAUACUCGCCAACGUCGCCUUGCUCGUCAUCUUCAUGCCCGACCUCGUCGGCCCCGGCCCGUCAUGGCUCUAUUUCAGCUUCGGCAUUGGUCUGUUCAUGUACCAGACCAUGGACAACCUCGACGGCAAGCAGGCCCGCCGCACCGGCACGUCCAGCGGCCUCGGCGAGCUCUUCGACCACGGCAUCGACUCCCUCAACUGCACCCUCGCCAGCCUGCUCGAGACCGCCGCCAUGGGCCUCGGCACCUCCAAGUCCGGCGUCUUCACCGCUCUCUGCCCCUGCCUGCCCAUGUUCUUCUCGACCUGGGAGACCUACCACUCCCACACACUGUACCUGGGCUACAUCAACGGCCCCACCGAGGGCCUGCUCAUCGCCGCGGGCAUCAUGAUCCUGUCAGGCAUCUACGGCCCGGGCAUCUGGACCGACAGCCUGGUCAGCCUCAUGGGUGGCGAGGAGCGCGCCACCCACCUGCUCGGGGGCCACAUUGUGAAGUACCUCGGCGACUACUCAUUCCGUGACGGCUGGGUCGCCACCAUUACCAUUUCGCUGCUAACGGGCCACAUUCCCUUUUGCAUCCUGCACGUCGUGCAGGCGCGCCGCGCCCGCGGCCUGCCUGUCGCCCCUGUCUUUAUGGAAUGGACCCCGAUGAUUGUCUACACGCUGUCCAUUGGCGCGUGGAUCUACUCCCCCCACUCCUACCUGCGCAGCGACAACCACCUGGUGCUCUUCUGCCUCACGAUGGCCUUUGUCUUUGGCCGUAUGACGACCAAGAUGAUUCUGGCCCAUCUGACGCGCCAGCCCUUCCCCUACUGGACCGUCAUGCUGACGCCGCUCGUCGGCGGCGCCCUGCUGGCCAACGUCCCCGUGCUUGGCAGCGUGCUCGGCUUCGGCGACGACUGGGGCGCCAUCAGCGCAUCAACGGAGCUGGCAUACCUCUGGGCCUACUUCUUCUUCGCGGCCGCCGUCUACUUCCGCUGGGCGUACCUGGUGAUCAACAGCAUCUGCAACUUUUUGGGCAUCAACGCGCUGACCAUCCCCAUCGAGAAGCAGCUGGAGAAUAAGCAGCGCCUCGCGGCGGAGGCAGCGGCGGCGGCGGCGACACAGACGCCCAUGUCGCCCUAUGUCAACGGUGCAGCCGGCAACGGCAAAAAGCUGCAAAAGGUCCAUUAG